UCGACAUUCCAGUAUCGACCCGCACGCCACUUCCGCAAACCUGAAGCAAAGUAUUCCCUCCUAAAAAAUACUAUUAUUUCUGCAACAAGCUGUUCUUGUUGGGCAACACGGCCCGCAUGGAAGGAAGGGCUUUGUGUGCGUGAGUCAAGCCGCCCGGGUCACACCCAUCCCUGGCUCUCCCCCUCCCGCCCUGCCCGCCAUGUUCUGGAGGAGCCUGCCGCUAGCGUUAGCAUUAGCAUCACUUUAGCUAGGCGGAGGCGCAACAAGCUAUUAUUAAGUUAUUCUCCACCGCAUCAGAAGGACGAUAUUUAUGGCGCCGCGGACCCGGACUAUUGUUUGAAUCCACGCCAGCUCGGGACAUCCGGUAAUGGCAUGGUCCAAAGUACUGCUGGCACUUGGCGUGUGGAGAUGGUUUUAACAGACGUUCUGGAGGACUCAGGAACACUGCACUGGCCUGGAGAAGCCUCAUAAACCCUUUAUCCGGCACACACUUUUCUAGACGAGGAUUGUUGGUCCCACGCGCUGUGAGAAAGGACACAGACUCCUCACCUGUAGCUGGAAUAUUCAAAGUUGGUCCCCUCCGUGAGCUUCCCUUGUUUGUCAUCCCGUGUGUCCCACCUCAACCGCCACAAUGCCAAGCUCCACCAUCCGUCGGCAGAUGAAGAACAUGGUGAACAACUACUCUGACGCAGAGAAGAAGGUCCGAGAGGCCACCUCCAACGACCCUUGGGGGCCCUCCUCCUCGCUGAUGUCCGAAAUUGCCGACUUAACCUACAACGUGGUGGCCUUCAGCGAGAUCAUGAGUAUGAUCUGGAGACGGCUCAAUGACCACGGCAAGAACUGGCGCCAUGUCUACAAAGCGCUCACCCUACUCGACUACCUGAUCAAGACGGGUUCAGAGCGUGUGGCGUUGCAAUGCAAGGAGAACAUCUUUGCCAUCCAGACGCUGAAGGACUUCCAGUACAUUGACCGCGACGGGAAGGACCAGGGCAUCAAUGUGAGGGAGAAGAGCAAGCAGCUGGUGGUCCUUCUCAAAGACGAAGACCGUCUCAAAGGAGAGAGGUCUCAGGCUUUGAAGACCAAAGAGCGCAUGGCCCAAGUGUCCACGGGGAGUACUCAGAUGGGCUUUGGUCGUGGUUCAUCCCAGCCCAACCUCUCCACUUCGUACAGUGAAGAGUACGGCAGGUCAGAGGGCUCGCCUGCCUCCUACCAUGGCUCCACAUCUCCCAAUGCGGGCUCAGAACUGGAGCAGGCCAGGCCUCAGACCAGUGGUGAAGAGGAGCUACAGUUGCAACUCGCUCUGGCCAUGAGCAGAGAGGCUGCAGAGCAGGAGGAGCGUGUACGCAGGGGCGAUGAUUUGAGACUACAGAUGGCCUUGGAGGAGAGUAAGAAAGGAGGUCCAGGCUCUGGCAAACUCACCAGAAAGAAAAACGACCCACAGUCCACUCUGAUGGAUUUGAUGGAUGUCCCAGAGCCAGGUGCUACUGCUGAUCCCUGGGGUGGAGGAGCUGUAGCCAAAGGGGACCCCUGGAAGUCUUAUGGUUCUACUCCUAAAAGGGCAGCGGACCCAUGGGGGGCUCCUACCUCUGUGCCACCCAUGAAGAGCAGUGAUCCCUGGGCUUCAAAUUCCACCCCUGCGUCUGACCCCUGGGGAUCAGCCGCUACUCGCCCCAAGGCUUCCAACACAGGUAGCUUUGACCUGUUCACUGAAUCCAAUGGUACGUCCAAAGAGGACUUCUCAGAGUUUGACAGCCUGCGCUCCUCCUCCUCUGUCCCUGCUGGUGACGGUGGCAUAGCGUCGUCUAUUCCCUCCCAAGCCAGCCUUGCCAGCAGUAGCAGCCUGGACAUCUUUGACCCGCUUCCCACCUCCUUUUCUUCCUCCACUAACUCAACCAGGAAGACUCCAGAGUCCUUCCUGGGGCCCAAUGCUGCCCUGGUGAAUUUGGACUCUCUGGUGACCAAACCAACUCAACCUGCGCCAGCGUUCAACCCAUUCUUGGCUUCAGCAGGUGCUGCCGCCCCGGCCUCCAGCGCCCACGCCAACCCCUUCCAGGUGGGCCAGCCCGCCCCCCCCACCCUCAACCAGAUGCGCGUCAGCCCCAUGCCCUCGGGUUUCGGCGCCGCCAUGUCCGACCCCAUGUCCAGCCAGCCCGUCACCAUGGUGCCCCUGGCGGGCAUGGCCCCCGCCGGCCACCACCCGAUGGCCAGCAUGAGUUCGGGCGCCGGAAUCCCCGCCUCCAUGUCCAUACCCCAACCCCUGAUCAGCAUGCCGCCUCAGGCCGGCGCGCAGCCCACUGGAGCCACCAACCCCUUUAUUUUGUGAAGGUGGGCCCACCGCCAUCUUGUCCCCUCCUUUAGGGCGUCUGGUCCCGUUUAACCCUUUUAUAACCUUAACCUCUUCCCCUCUCUCUCUCUCUCUCUCUCUCUCUCUCUCUCUCUCUCUCUGUCUCUGUCUCUCUCUCUCUACACGCCGCCUGGUUGUGUUGUCCUCCAUCACA